UACACUAAACAAGAGCAAGGUUCUCUUUUAAUUGCCGUAAUGUUAUGUUAAGUACACUUGGCAAUAAAAAAUUACAACAGCAAUGGCAACAGCAAGAUGUCUAAUCUCCACUUUUAAUCCUCGCAACGUAAAUUUACUAGUUACGUACUUGCCUAACACAACAAUUUCCCAAAGGUUAUUCCAUCACUGCAUAAAGUCACAUAGAAAUACUAGUUUUAGGUUAGGAUUCUGGAACACUUCCAAUAAUCACUUGCAAGUAACAAAGUAUAAUAACUUUCAUACGACGAACCUGCUCAACAAAGACGAUUAUUACCAAACCUUGGGGGUUAGUCGAAACGCUUCGACGGCCGAAAUAAAAAAGGCUUACUACAAACUCGCCAAGCAGUUCCAUCCAGAUGUGAACAAGGAUCCGGGUGCUGCAAAGAAGUUUCAAGCCGUUUCCGAAGCUUACGAGAUAUUGGGCGAUGACACUAAACGAAAACAAUAUGAUACGUGGGGCUCAACUGCCGAGCAGAUGGGUAAUAUGGGAGGUGCGGGACGAAACGCUCAAGGUUUUAGUCAACAGUGGAAUUAUCAAUCUUCGAUCGAUCCGGAGGAGUUGUUCCGUAAAAUCUUUGGAGAGUCCGGUUUCCAGCGUGGUUCGUUUGAUGAUUUUGCUGAGUCCAGUUUUGGAUUUGGCGGUGCAAAAGAGGCUGUGAUUCGUUUGACCUUUACGCAAGCUGCACGAGGCACGACGAAGGAUAUCAAUAUUAAUGUUGUGGACACGUGCAACAAGUGUAACGGGUCACGGUGUGAACCUGGUACUAAAGCUGUUCGUUGUACAUACUGUAAUGGAACUGGGUUUGAAUCCAUUUCGAGAGGGCCCUUUAUUAUGAGCUCUACAUGUCGAUAUUGUCAAGGUACUCGAAUGCACAUCAAGUUUAAGUGCACCGAGUGUGAGGGCAAAGGGUCGACAGUCCAGAGGAAGACGGUUACUGUUCCUGUUCCGGCAGGGAUCGAUGACGGGCAAACGAUUAGGAUGACUGUUGGGAAGGAUGAACUGUUUGUAACUUUCAAAGUGGAAAAAUCUAAGUAUUUUAAGCGAGACGGCCACGAUGUGCACACUGAAGCUGAUAUAUCGGUAUCCCAGGCGCUGUUAGGCGGUACAAUACGGAUACAGGGCUUAUACGAAGAUCACACUAUACAAGUAAUGCCAGGAACUUCUUCACAUACCAGAAUUAGACUAAGUAGCAAAGGAAUGAAGAAACCAAACGGUUACGGUUAUGGAGACCAUUAUGUGAAUUUCAAAAUUAUUGUUCCCAAAAAUUUGAGUAGUAACCAAAAGGCGUUAGUAACCGCGUAUGCAGAAUUGGAACAGGAUACUCCUGGUCAGAUAUAUGGAAUGACAUAUAAGAACGACGGCAACAAACAAUCUAUUGCUGAAGAUCAGGAUACUUUAGAAGCGAUACGUCUAGCAUUAUCAGAUCGAAAAAUGACAACAGAUCCAAAUGUUGGUGAGAACGUUAAAAUGGCGCAAGUUCACGUGAAACCUGAGGUUAACGAAGAUGAUACUUAUCCUAAAGAAAAAGAAGCGGAACGUAAACAAAAUUAAGAAUGACUAGUAGUACACUGUUUUGUCACAUUAAAAAUUUUCGAUAUGUAAAAUGAUGUUAAAAAUAUACACGGUUGUGCGCUAUUA